AUGGCAGCCUCAAGCGGCCUCGAGCAGUUCAUCGACGACUUGGCAAUCGAAAUCUCACAGAAGAUCGGACUACAGCAACCCAACCAAAUUCUCACCAAACGGAUCAUCCAGCUCUCGCAGUCGAAAACUGGGGAUACUCUCACCACCUUCGCCAAGAAUGUCAAGAGUUUCGGUCGAUUUGAGGAUGCGUACAUCACCAGCCUUUGGGAUAAACUAUCCUCGAGAGAUGAUCUGAACGCCCUCUCUUCAUCGAUCGACCUCUCUGCCAAUCCAUCCCAGGGGCUCACCAAUGGUCUCAAUCUCACCGGUGAUGGAAAACGAGUGGUACCACAGAUGGUCAUCCAGGACCGCGAUUUGCUCGAGCCUUCCUCUUCGCCCGCUCCUGGUGGCCUUUCUCUACCGAACAAGCAACAUGGCUCUCUUCGGGUCGGGAAAGAGGAUGACGAAAAGCACGUCUUCAAGGCACCACAGCCUGCACGUGCUUCCGAAUUGGGGCUCGACCGCCUGGCAAUGCGCAAACGAGCAGAAAAAUUGCUGAUUGAUGAGCGGGACUCUAAGAAACCUCGGGCAGAAAGCGGGCCCAAUUCGGAAGAACAGGCGGAAUUCAAAGUACCCACUCGACCAGCCUCUCAACGGUUCAAUCGGCGUCAAAGGCCUGAUGACACCCCCUCUCAUGGUCCUGGUCUUACAUCAACAGCACAAGCCAGAUUAGAUGAAUAUAGGAAGAAGCGCGCUGCUCAAGCGACCCAAGAACAAUUCGACUCGCGGAACGCCAAGCCUAAUCCAGAAGGUGCCCUGAACGAAUUUCGGGAACGAGCUAAUCGUUCAAACAAGUUUGGCCCCCCGAGAUCACGUGAUCAUGACCAACCACGAGGCAAACCCCGCGAAUCGGCCAACGGUCACUCGAGCCGGGUCCCCAGUAGCAUAACCGAUACACCUUCCAGUGGGAGGGGUUCUUCUCAAAUCAUCAAGGGUCGGGCGUGGGAAUCUACCCCGUUAACAUCUGUCUCUGGUUCGAGUCAAUCGAGGAAAGGUCAAGAUCUACCUUGGUCAUCUACUCCUCGAUCUUCAGCAAGGGUCCCUAGCAGGAGAGAGUGGGACGAUACCCCUCGCACUCAGAUGGAUGCUGAAUUAGGCCCGCCUCCCGAUUCAGGCAUUGAUGCAAGAGAGUGGGAGGAAGAACAGAUGCGCUUGGAUCGUGAUUGGUACAACCACGAAGAAGGAAAUGCUUUAGAUGACGACUACAACAACCCCUUCGCUGCUUAUGAAGAAGAAUCCACGACCGUCGAAGCUACCAAUGAGAAAGGCAAGAAGAGGAUGUCUGCGACUCAAGCUGCGCGCCACGAAGAGCAGCAGUUGUGGGAGGAGCAGCAACUUCGAAUGAGUGGGACGGGGAACAAGAAUCGGAGAAAGCUCGAUCUAGAUUUCACUGACGAAGAAGAAUCUCGUGUGCACCUGCUGAUUCAUGAUUUGAAGCCGCCUUUCCUCGAUGGACGAUUGAUCUUCACCAAACAGCUUGAACCUGUCAAUCCUAUCAAAGAUCCGACCUCGGACUUGGCCAUCUUUAGUAAAAAGGGCAGUGUGCUGGUUCGCGAGCAAAGAAUGCGCAAGGAAAGAGAGAAGGCUGCUGCCAAAGUCGCAGCCCUUGGUGGGACCACGUUAGGCAAUCUGACGGGGGUCAAAGAAGAAGCGGAGGUUGAUGCGAUCGAUCAAGCCGCAUUGGAUGUUGCUAAGGAUCUCGAACCUCAGCAGGAUUCUCAAGAUGAUAGCCAUACCGCCCGGAAGGAGUCCCAAUUCGCUUCACAUCUUAAGAAAUCCGAAGGUGUCAGUCAUUUUGCCAAAAGCAAAUCUCUCAAACAGCAGAGGCAAUAUCUUCCGGCCUUUGCUUGUCGGGAGCGGUUGCUCAAGCAGAUUCGUGAAAAUCAAGUCACGAUUGUUAUUGGAGAGACUGGUUCCGGCAAAACUACUCAGCUGGGUCAGUUUUUGCAUGAGGAAGGUUAUACCAAGUAUGGAAUUGUGGGCUGUACACAACCCAGGCGAGUGGCCGCUAUGAGUGUUGCGAAGCGUGUCAGCGAAGAAAUGGAGUGUGUAUUGGGGGAGGAAGUUGGGUAUGCCAUUCGAUUUGAGGAUUGUACAUCAGACAAAACUGUGGUUAAAUUUAUGACAGACGGAGUCUUGUUGAGAGAGUCUCUGAACGAAGGCGAUUUAGACCGCUACAGUGUCAUCAUUCUUGAUGAAGCCCAUGAGCGAUCACUCUCGACUGACGUUUUGAUGGGACUCCUGCGAAAAAUUCUUUCUAGACGCCGGGACCUGAAGCUGAUUGUUACUUCGGCUACAAUGAACGCUGAAAAGUUUUCGCGCUUCUUUGACGAUGCUCCCGACUUUACCAUUCCUGGUCGUACAUUCCCGGUAGACAUUUUGUUCAGCAAAACGCCCUGUGAAGAUUAUGUGGAUAGUGCCGUGAAGCAAGCGCUCCAGAUACAUCUGUCGUCGCCUCCUGGUGAUAUUUUGAUUUUUAUGACGGGUCAGGAGGACAUUGAAGUGACUUGCCAAGUUAUCAAAGAUCGAAUCAAGCAAUUGGACAGUCCGCCCUCUAUUGCGGUUCUUCCUAUAUACUCGCAGAUGCCAGCAGAUCUCCAAGCAAAAAUUUUCGAAUCUACCCAAGAUGGUCGACGGAAAUGCAUCGUGGCCACCAACAUUGCUGAAACGUCCCUGACAGUCGAUGGGAUCAUGUAUGUCAUCGAUUCGGGAUUCAGUAAGCUGAAGGUUUACAAUCCCCGUGUUGGGAUGGAUGCCCUGCAAAUCACCCCAAUCAGCCAAGCCAAUGCCAACCAACGAUCUGGACGAGCCGGUAGGACGGGGAGUGGCACUUGUUAUCGGCUGUACACAGAACAAGCCUUCAGGGACGAGCUUUUUCCCAGCACGAUACCUGAGAUCCAACGAACCAACUUGGCCAAUACGGUGCUUCUGUUGAAAUCUUUGGGAGUGAAAAACCUGCUCGAGUUCAAUUUCAUGGAUCCACCGCCUCAGGAAAAUAUUCUCAACUCGAUGUAUCAGUUGUGGACGUUAGGAGCACUAGACAAUGUGGGCGAAUUGACCCCAGAAGGCAGGAAAAUGUCAGAUUUCCCGAUGGAACCCUCUCUUGCUAAGAUGCUACUGACCUCAGUCGAAUAUAAAUGUUCGGCAGAGAUGGUGACUAUCGUAUCUAUGCUGUCUGUCCCUUCGGUCUUCUAUAGACCCAAGGAACGAGCUGAAGAAAGUGACGCCGCUCGUGAAAAGUUCUUCGUUCCGGAGUCAGAUCAUUUGACACUUCUUAACACUUACACCCAAUGGCAGAAUAAUGGAUUUAACGACAUUUGGGCGAGCAAGCAUUUCUUACAUCCCAAGCUGUUGAGGAAGGCUCGUGAGGUGCGGGAGCAAUUGGUGGAUAUUAUGAAAGUGCAGAAGUUGGAGGUCAUAGCUUGUGGAACAGAUUGGGAUAUUAUCCGUAAAUGUAUCUGUGCGGGUUAUUUCCAUCAAGCGGCCCGAGUCAAAGGGAUAGGCGAAUACCAGAAUUGUCGAACAGGUGUCCCCAUGCAGCUGCAUCCAACCAGUGCCUUAUAUGGACUAGGCUUCUUGCCGGAUUACGUGGUGUAUCAUGAGCUUAUUCUCACCAGCAAAGAAUACAUGCAAUGUGUUACCUCUGUAGAUCCUUAUUGGUUGGCGGAGCUCGGACCGGCAUUCUUUUCGGUACGAGAGCAACAUUUCACGGAGCGGGAGCGAAGGGCAGCAGACGAGAAGUUCAACAAACAGACCGAACUUCAGAUGGAGAUGGACAGCGACCGGAAGCGGAAAGAGUCUGAGAUGGAAGAGCUCAGGAAAGCCAAGCUGAUGGCCUGUCAGACUCCUCGGAUCUUGGGCGUCGGGGGACCUCAGCUGGCGAGGUUGUCUGGUAGCGGUCUCACGCCUCGUCGAACUCCGAGAAGAUUUGGGAUGUGA